CUCCAGCGAUAGAAAAGCGCGAAUCUCGCCUUUGCAGCGCCGCGACGAUAAAUACUUAAAUGGCUGGCCGACACUGUAUCCGUCUCUACUCCUCUGUUUUACGACCCCAGCUCUCUUCCUCCUCUUCAACUAUCUUCCGCAACUUUCACGCUUCUUCACGCUUAAACAUGAUUAAGGAUAUCAAGUCUCUCGACGAGUUCCGCUCUGCCAUUGGCGAGGACAAGAUCUCGGUCAUCGAUUUCUACGCCACCUGGUGCGGACCCUGCAAGGUCAUUGCUCCCAAGGUCCACGCCUUCUCUGAGGAGUUCACCGAGGGCAUUGCUUUCUACAAGAUCGAUGUCGACGAGGUCGCCGACGUUGCUGCCGAGGUUGGCGUCCGCGCCAUGCCUACUUUCAUGCUCUUCAAGAACGGACAGAAGAUCAAGGAGGUCGUUGGUGCCAACCCCCCCGCUUUGAAGAGCGCUAUCGCCGCUUCCCUUGCUUAAACUAGUCUUAUGUAUACUUUAAAUAAUUAGAAAUAAUGCUGAAAAAUCACUAUAUUAGCGGAAAU